AUGCUGCCAUUGAACAGGCUCACUGGGAUGCCUCAAAAGUCCAAGAAAAACUUCGUCGUGAUAUUGAUGGACAUGCAUCAUCUGUUUGUAGUGCAAAAUUAUCAGAAUUGGUAGCAAAUUAUGAGAAACAACUUAGUAAAGCACUGACAGAACCAGUGGAGUCAUUACUUGAAGGUGGUGGGAAGGACACAUGGGCUUCAAUAAGAAGGCUUCUUAAACAUGUGACAGAGACAGCUGUUUCAAAGUUUUUAACUGCCAUUUCUGGUUUUGAGUUAGACCAAGCCACCAUUGACAAUAUGGUGCAAGAUUUAAGGGAUUAUGCAAGAAACAUGGUGGAGAAAAAAGCAAGAGAAGAAGCCGGAAAAGUUCUGAUCCAUAUGAAAGAUAGGUUCUCAACAAUCUUUAGUCAUGACAAUGAGUCAAUGCCAAGAGUAUGGACUGGAAAAGAAGACAUUAAGGCAAUUACUAAGGAUGCCCGUGCUGCGUCUCUAAGAAUUUUAUCCAUUAGUGCUGCCGUGCGCUUGGAGGAGAAGCCAGAUAAUAUUGACAACAUACUCUUUUCAUCUCUAUUAGAUGGAAAUAUGGCCGUUACAUCUUCCCAAGAUAGGAGUAUAGUAACAUCUGCAGACCGUCUUGCUUCUAGCACUUGGGAGGAGGUUUCUCCAAAAGAUACUGUGAUUACACCAGUGCAAUGUAAGUCACUUUGGAGACAGUUCAAAGCAGAGACUGAGUACACAGUGACUCAAGCUAUCUCGGCACAGGAUACUGUCUUUCCCUUUUGAAAACCUCUUUUUUAAGGACAGGAAAUAGAAAACUAAACCAAGCAUCUGAACGUUUCCUUUUUUCUGUAUCUCUUCUGUUUACUGUGUUAGAAGUUUUAUACUUCCAAUUUCCCAGUAAUAUAAGGUC